AUGAUAACGGGACAUUAUAACAUUAUUGCUCUGGAGAUUCCCGGAAUAGUUAAAUAUACUGGCGCGCCCUACGUAUUGUACAAAGAUAAUAUGGAGAGACCCCAGGGUCAGUGGGGCCCGGGGCCGGGAUCUCUCCAGGACGGCGGACUGUACCCUCAGCAACAGCAACAACAACAGCAGCAACAACAGGGUUCCUCUUCGUCAGGAAGCCCACAGCAGGCCUGUGGUCCUCCUGUCGAGGGUAGUGAAAACGGUCCCCCGCCCUCCUUAGCAUCGCCUGUGCCCUCACCGUAUCCUUCGGCGCCUCCCGAGCCUCAGUCCUUGACUCCACCGGACGAUGAUAUACAAUCGAGUCAGGCAACGUCCCAACAACAACAACAGCAGCAGCAAACGCAGCAGCAGGUCCAGCAGCAGCAACAGCAACAACAGCAGCAGCAGCAGCAGCAGCAGCAGCAGCAAGUUCAACAGCACGAGCAGCAGCAGCAGCAGCAGCAGCAGCAAGUUCAACAGCAGCAGCCUCCACAACAGCAGCAGCAACAACAAACGCAACAAGAUCACUCGCCGCAGCAACAAUUAACUCCUCACGCAGAGGUGGACCGCAGCGAUUGUUUUCCUGGCGCUGGGGAGCUGCAGCAGUAUCCGCAACACUACUUCAAAGAAGCCCGGCCGCAUCCUUCGCCGUCCGUGCCACCUCACAUGCUCACUCCUGGCGGCUUUUCUGCGCUGCAUUAUCUCAAACAGCCCGGUGUAAUGCUGACAUCCCUCGGUCAGGGCGAUGGUGGGCCCGGCUUGGACGCGCAUCAGUACGCCAGUCCGAACGCGCCCAACAUGGCAACCGGGCUGCCCGACAUCGUGCAGCAGAGCGGCAAAUCGUCCAAGUCCGGCAACAGCGAUCUGCGCCUGUUCAAGUGUUUGACCUGCGGCAAAGACUUUAAACAGAAGUCGACUCUGCUGCAGCACGAGCGGAUCCACACGGAUAGCCGGCCGUACGGGUGUCCGGAAUGCGGCAAGCGGUUUCGACAACAAUCCCACCUCACGCAGCACCUACGCAUACACGCUAACGAGAAGCCGUACGCUUGCGUUUACUGCGAGCGCACGUUCCGGCAGCGUGCCAUCCUCAACCAGCAUCUGCGCAUCCACUCGGGUGAGAAGCCAUACCAAUGUCCGGAGUGCGGAAAACACUUCCGUCAGAAGGCGAUCCUGAAUCAGCACGUCCGCACACACCAAGACGUGAGCCCGCACCUCAUCUUCAAGAACGGGAUGACGCCGACGCUCUGGCCGCAGGACGUUCCCUUUCCGCCCGAGGAAGGUAAAGAGGAAGUAGCGUCAACGUUCGGCGACACGGACACGCAGUCGGGCGCGUUCAGUCCGGCGCCAGACGCAAACUCCAUCCAGUACCCCGCUUACUUCAAGGAUCCGAAGGGCGGCAAUCACACAGUCUUUGGCGCGGGCGGUCCGGGCAGCUUCGGCGCCCUGCAGUACAUCAAGCAGCAGGGCGGCACGAAGAGCUGUCUACCUGAUGUGAUACAGCACGGCCGCUCGGCCGGCAUGCCGUUGUACGUGCGCUGUCCGAUCUGCCAGAAGGAGUUCAAGCAGAAGUCUACGCUGCUGCAACACGGAUGUAUACACAUCGAGUCGCGACCGUAUCCGUGUCCGGAGUGCGGCAAGAGGUUCCGUCAGCAGUCCCAUCUCACGCAACACUUGCGCAUCCACACGAACGAGAAGCCGUACGGCUGUGUGUACUGCGGGCGCAACUUCCGUCAGCGCACGAUCCUGAAUCAGCAUCUGCGCAUCCACACGGGCGAGAAGCCGUACAAAUGUCAGCAGUGUGGUAAAGACUUCCGUCAGAAGGCAAUUCUGGAUCAGCACACGCGCACCCAUCAGGGCGACCGGCCGUUCUGCUGCCCGAUGCCCAAUUGCAGGCGGCGCUUCGCCACCGAGCCCGAGGUGAAGAAGCACAUUGACAACCACAUGAAUCCGCACGCGGCCAAGGUGCGUCGGAACUCGAACGGUGACACGAAGCCGCCCGGCACGCCCGCGGGCCUGGGCCCGGUUCCCGUACCCCGCGGUACCCUCACGCCCACGGUCGUCAAACCGGAGCUCUACUUCCCGCAGUGCUACGCGCCCGCGUUCAAUCACCAGCCGCCGGUGUCAACCGCGCAAUUUCCCGGCGCCCAGGCAAACGGCGUGUCCGUGACCGGCGAAUUCAAGCCGCCGACCGGUCUUCCGCCGCAGUGACUAACCGUCCAUCCUGCCGCCUACUAGCAAGCAGGAAUCCCCGCGCUGAGGUUUCAGCGCUGUUUCGGCCCAGCCGCGUUGGAGGCCGACGCGACAUCGAACGCAAUCGUCGCCGCCGCCGCCGCCGCUGCCGCCGCCGCGUCUAACCGAUGCGGCCAGCAGCCGAUCCAGCAACACUACCCGUGACAUUUAUCACUGUGCAUUUAUUAGAGUUGUCUUUUUUUUUUCGCCGUUUCACAACUCGCUCGCUCUUCUUGUUCCAUCGCUGCUUAGCAGAGCCUCGGAACGUGUUGCCAGCUAGUCCCGGACUCGACGGUGAAAAAGGCGGUCGGUUUUUCGUCGCGCAAGCCCGUACAAUACGAACGUCCAAGAGACAUCGCUUCUUUCAUUUUCGAUUGACCGUCGGACAAAAUUAUCCAAAUGAUAUGAUUGUUUUUUCUAUCUCUUUCUAAGUUGUAGCGCUCUUGCUAUAAUGUGGACGGAGAGAUGAAACAACGCCGAAGAACGGUUAAGAUUUUUGCGUUGUUUGGGAAGCAAGGAGAGGACGUCGAGUUCGCUCUUACGUAUUCUGUGACGUUCGUGUAUUAGAAGCAAGCGUAUCCUCGCGCGCCGGAUAACAUCGCGGAAAAACGACGUCCCAGUCAGGAUCAUUAAUUAUUAUUGCAUUUUUGCUACCGAGUGGCGCAAACGAUGGUGCGCAGUUAUACUUGCUCAGGUAUUAGACGCUCAAACUCUAAUAAUCAAGCUAAUAAUUUUUGUGACAUACGUUUCCUCGUUUACGGUGUAUACGAUCGCGAUGCAAUGAUUUGUUACUUGUUCGCAGUUAUCCGUCACUCUUUAUGUCGGAUUAAGAUUUGAUCUUUAAAAGAUUUUAUGGUCCGUUAUUGUCACUGCGCAUACAUGCACGCCAAUGACACUAGCAAAUUCAUCGGCAUAUGCAAAUACCGAUUUCCGCUACGAUCCGCAUCAUCAAGUUAUCGAUCUCGCACGAGGGAACACGGGAAUAGCUCGGAAAAUUGUCUGCCGCUCACCGUCGAGUUAAUUCAUUAGCCAGACCAAGGUAAAGCAAUCAACGAAGGAUCUCGUCUAUUUCUCCGUACGUAUUUUUUAUGAUUAAUCGAUCACGACGUACCUUCUCGCGUUUCUUUCGUGGACAAGGGAAUAGCACGAGAGAGUUCGGGGCUCUUAUCCCUCCCGCGAGGCGCGUAGGCGAUCUCGAAGAGAUUGACAAGAGUGUUCCCGCGAAUCCGUCUGUCUUCGCAUCUCGCGGGACGAUGGUGCAUGCGUCGCCCGGGGCGCCGCCGUUCACCAUUUAAAACGCCACGUAUCGCCAAACGGGUUGAAGAUGUUCGAUUUCGACCAGACUAAAAUGAUUGUGAUACAAUAUUUAACUUGCCUAUGUUUUAAAAUGUUUCACGAGAGAGAGGGAGAGAGUGAGAGAGAAAAAGAGAGAUAGAUAGAUAGCGAGAAAGAGAGGUAUGUUGUGCUUCUCAAGGGAAGCGCUUACACGACCACGUGAAGAAUGCCUGUAAAUAUGUAAAGCCGUUCACUCCAAACAAAGAAGAAGAGAAGGAAGAAGAAGAGGAGGAAGAGAAGAAGGAGGAAGAAGAACGAAGAGAAAAACAUACGACGGAGAAAGGUGAAGUAUGCGAGUGUGUGCGAAUGCGAUUGAGUGCGAAUGAAACGGAAAAAAAGAGCACUGAAUGAGAGGGUGGGAGAAAGAAGAUAUAGGGGGAUUGGGGUGGGAAGAGGGAUGGGGAGGGGAUGAUAUGACAAGCUGAAAGGAGAAAGACGCGAAAGAUUAUAGCUAGAAUUUACGAGGACGACGUAUCCUCCCACUGUGCUGAGCCAUAGCUUUCGGGUAGAUCGGGUCAAGAAUCGACGAGACGAUAUACCGCGAUGCGCAGCGCGAAGGGGUUGGAGGGGUGGUGGGAGGUGCGCGCGACUCUUGUAUACUAUAGUAAUAUUUGAAUGUAUAUUUAUACGACAGGUUACAUUAUAUUCUAACUAUAUAUAUGACGAUAUUUUGAAUCGGUUUUAAAAAAUCAGAUUGGUGCUGAUAUAAACAAAAAAAACUAGGUAAGCGAGUACACGAGACAAAAAAAAAAAAAGAAAAAGAAAGAGGAGGGAACGUGGAAGAAGGCUGAGACACCGUAGAGUUUAGCGUUUAAGUAGCGUAGACGAUAGCGCAUAGCUCAAGGUAAAGAAAAGACUUUGAAGGACCGUACACGGGUCCGCUCACAUCUCGGAGAAUUAUCAUCAUCAUUCUUAAGAAAGAGAAGGAGGAGGAGGAGGAGGGAAGAAAAAGAAAACACUUCGUGGCAAUACUUAAGUGAAGAGCAAAAAAGAAGAGUAGGAGGGAGGGGGAGGGGAGGGG